ACCAUGUCGACGUCAACACCUGCCGACAAGCCGCGCCUCACCGAAGAGGAGAAGAAGUCGAACCACAUUGCCUCGGAGCAGAAGCGCCGCCAGGCCAUCCGCCAGGGCUUCGACCGCCUUGCCUCCAUCGUCCCCGGCAUGGAGGGCCAAGGCCGCAGCGAGGCCAUCGUCCUCGAAGCCACAGUCAAGUACCUAAAGGAGCAGUACACGCUGCAGCAGAAGCUGGUGGCCCAAAUCAAAGCCCGAGGCAUCGAUCUUUCCGACCUUGAGCUGCCCGAAGGCUACCUCGAAGCAAUCGAGAACCCCGUUGCCCAGAACCUCCUUGCCGCCGAAGACGACCACAGCGACGACAAAGUAAUUUGA